CUGCAUGAGUGCACUGUCAAAGGGACCGCCGGUGUUUCUUCAUCUUCCCCGGUUCAGUCCGUCCGUUAACAACAACACACUGACUCUGAGUAAAGUCGACGGCUAUUUCUCGGUCUUCGUAAUGUCGUCAAACGAUUAUUCCCAAACAUCUGCCCAGGGCUAUGGGUCCUAUGGUGGAGGUGGUGGUGGUGGUGGUGGUGGAGGUGGUGGAGGUGGUGGUGCUAACCAGGGUUAUGGGCAGUCCUCUGGCCAAGGUUACAGCCAGCAGGGAUAUGGAGGCUACAACCAGAGCUCUGAUAGCGGCUCUGGCUCCUACAACCAGGGAGGAUAUGGCAGCUAUGGUCAACCCCAGUCAGGAUAUAGUUCACCAUCUUCUAAUCAGGGAGGAGGAGGUGGUGGGGGUGGUGGUUAUAAUCACCCCAGUCAGUCCUAUAGUUCUGGAGGCUAUAACAGUAACCAGUCCUCCAACAUGGGCUACAACCAGCAGUCAUCCUUCGCUGGAUACAGCCAGCAGCAGCAGCCUCCCCCUUCAUCCUCUGGAGGCUAUGAAGGUGGCUCGCAGGCUCCCAGCUACAACCAGCCACCGAGCAGUGGGCAGAGUGGAGGUGGUUAUGGCAGCAGUGGAGGUCACACAGGCGGCUAUGGGGGCAGCGGGAGCCACCCACAACCACCCCAACACGGAGGAGGACACCACAACCAGCCCCCCAGCUACAACUCUCCCCCUCCACAGAGCUACAAUCAACAGAGCCAGUAUGGACAAGGUGGAGGUUAUGGUGACGAAAGCCCUCCGAUGAGUGGCGGAGGGGGUGGAGGCUACGGUGGCCCUGAUGGAGGUUAUGGAGGUCAGGAUGCCCGUGGUGGAAGGGGCCGUGGGGGUGGAUUUGGAGGUCGCGGUGCCGGAGGAUAUGAUCGAGGUUUUGACCGAGGGGGCAGAGGUGGACCGAGAGGUCGAGGUGGCAUGGGAAUGGGCGAUCGUGGAGGAUUCAAUAAGUUUGGUGGACCAAGAGACCUGGGACAUGGAGGACCAGGCUAUAUGCAAGACCAGGAUAACUCUGAUAACAACACCAUCUUCGUGCAAGGCCUGGGAGACGACUACACUGUGGAAUCAGUGGCCGACUUCUUUAAACAGAUUGGGAUCAUUAAGAUUAACAAGAAGACCGGCCUGCCCAUGAUAAACCUGUACACAGACAGAGACAGCGGGAAGCUGAAGGGGGAAGCCACGGUUUCAUUCGAUGAUCCGCCCUCAGCUAAAGCUGCGAUCGACUGGUUUGAUGGUAAGGACUUCAAUGGAAAUCCGAUCAAGGUAUCUUUUGCCACCCGCAGAGCUGACUUUGGAGGCCGAGGUGGCAUGAGGGGCAGUCGAGGAAGAGGUACUCCAAUGGGCCGUGGUGGAUUUGGUGGAGGUCGAGGUGGAGGUUUCCCAGGAGGCAAUGGGGGUGGCGGCGGAGGAGGAGUUGGAGAAAGAGGAGGUGGAGGUGGAGGUGGAGGUGGGGGAGGACAGCAGAGAGCUGGGGACUGGAAGUGUUCAAACCCCAACUGUGGCAACCUGAACUUCUCGUGGCGUAACGAGUGCAACCAGUGCAAAGACCCUAAACCUGAGGAUGAAUGUGGGAUGUCCCCGAUGGAGAGAGGUGACUCCUGCGGUUUCGGAGGAGAGCGCCGGGGUGGAUUUGAGCGCGGAGGAUUCAGGGGCCGAGGAGGGGACCGUGGGGGCUUCAGAGGGGGCCGAGGCGGUGACCGGGGAGGAGGAUACAGCCCGGGAAAGACGGACGCAAGGGGUGACCGCAGACAGGAGCGGCGAGGCCGUCCUUACUGAAGCGUGUGUCGAGGACAAACAGUCCCACCUCAGUACAAAGACCAGUGUAAUUAACCCCCCUCCUUCAAACGGGACCCAGCCUGAACCUUUCACACCUUCUGUCAACUUCUUCAUUCUAUCCCUUGUGUACAAAAAUGUGGCUAUCCCUGUUCUCUGCUUUCUCUCGUUCACGUCACUCAUUUCUCAAGGUUUUUCACCUCCGUGGGGCCUCAGUUACAAAACCAAUGUCAGGGUCACGUUUCAUCUGAAGGAAAGGCGACAAAUCUUUUUCAGAUCAGACUAUAUACUUUUCUCGUUCUGUCAGAAUGCUUGUCAAACCUGCUCAGAAACGUAAUACUCUCAGGAAGGUUUCCAACAAGAAGCUAAACCAGUUAUUACAACGUCUCUCAUGCAGGGGUCAAAACGGUCCAGCAACAUUUGUAUGAAGAUCCGACGCGUUUCGGCUUGUGGCCUUCAUCAGGGUGCAUCAAGUGCUGCUGGAGCGUUUUGACCUCUCCAUGCGCGUUGAUAUUUGAUGAAGUUGUGUCAGAAAAUUCUUUUCCACCAGAGUGAGGUGAAUUGACCUGAGGACCAAGAGAAAGUAUUUAUCUUUGUGUCAAUUAAUUAAAAACCGUUCUGAACAUCUGGAGAUGUAAAUGAUGAAAACCAUCAACUCUGAUGAUCCAACGAAAACACUUUUGUUUCUAUUUUCAGUUUUCAUAAAAGGAUCAAAGAUUAAAGCCUGUCCUAACAUCAUGCGACGCAAGAGAGCUUCAGCGGCAAAAUCAUCUUAAUAUACUGUUUCCUAUCGGAGUGUCCAAACUACCCGCGAGCAGCACGGUGUGGCGCCGUUUUUACCCCGUUUCUAUUUUCCUCUUUGUCGCUCGCGUAGAAGGAGGAGGAACGAGGAAGGAGGGGGCUCUACACGUCACUGACACUCGCUUUUCUCACUCAACAGAGCUUGUUAGCUUGUUUUAAAAAGUGGAGAGGCAGUCGUGCAUUAAUAAUAUCCACAUAUUGAGCUCUGACUCGUGUCAACAAGACCGGAGAAAAACCUUUUCUGCCUCAGUGUGUUGUGAUUUCAAUCAACUGCUCCUCAAUACAAAGCACCACCUUCAAUACAAAAGCACAAGAUGUCAUAUCGUUUGCCAGGUGAAACUGAAACUCACAGAGUCAAGAAUUAUUAAACAGAUGAAGUGUGGAUAGCCAGCAUGUGACGCGACAUUCAACUCCCGGUGCUGUUAGGACACAAAACAGUUCAUUCUUUACACAAAACAGUUCAUUCUUUAUCAUUUCAUUGUUCUAUUUGUUGACAUUCCCUGAUUGUGAUCACUUACUCAUCUACCCAGCAGUUGUGACUCAUAAAGAUGCUGAUUGAAAAUAAAGAUCAUAACAUAACGUGUCGGGCUGCUCACAACAAAAGGCGUCUCUAAUCAGAGCGGGUUCAUCUAACAACACAAUGUGUUCUAGAAAGUGUUGUUGUUGUUGUUACGUUUCUUCAUGUUUCAUUUCUAUGUUGUUUCAAAUUCACAUUAAAAAAAAUGAAGAUUUCAGUAUUUGAACAAAAAAAGAGGAGAGUAUAUUUUUCAUUUCUCAAACUGUAGCUGUGGAUGUCAGAUCUGCAUCACGUUCAAACUCUGAUCUGCUGAACUUCACAAACUGCUUAUUCAUUUAGACCGAUCUUAUCUAACCUGGGGGAUUUUAAAACCUGUUUGACGGCUACUGUUCAGUCACUGUCAGACGUCUUUUGUACAUGUGUAGCUGCCGCUGCAGCCGUGAGAUACCAUGGUAGCAAUGAUGCCAAAAAACAUGGAAACAAUACGCUGGUCAUGGAAGGAAUCUAUGAAAUCAAAGUUAUUUUCUUUAUCUUUAAUCUUGACUGUAAGAGAGAGUUUACCCAUGUUCUAUUCUUCUGAAUAUCCAAUAAAUUCACAUGAAGCUCUG